AUGUCUGCAACAAUUCAAGAUACUUCUGAUCUAAGGCGGAGACAAGCUCAAUUCACCGAGGAAUUGCACGGUGAUGAUAUUGGUUCAAAGAGCGGAUUUUCCGCGUUCAUUUCGAAGAACAAAUCUGCUCAAAAGGAAGCUGUUGCCAAAUAUUUAAGACAUUGGGAUGGUAAAACUGAUAAAGAAGCUGAAGAAAAACGUUUGCAGGAUUAUAACGAAGGUACUCACUCCUACUACAAUGUCGUUACCGAUUUUUACGAAUACGGUUGGGGUACUUCAUUCCAUUUCAGUCGUUUUUAUAAAGGUGAAAAUUUUUACGCUAGUGUAGCACGCCAUGAACACUAUCUAGCUUAUAAGGCCGGUAUUCAGGAAGGUGACUUAGUCCUCGAUGUUGGUUGUGGUGUUGGUGGACCAGCAAGUGAAAUUGCACGUUUCACAGGUUGUAACGUUGUUGGUCUAAACAAUAAUGAUUAUCAAGUCGCAAAGGCCAAUUGGAAUGCCAAGAAGUUUCACUUACAAGACCAAUUGGAAUUUGUUAAGGGUGACUUUAUGAAAAUGGAUUUCGAUGAUAACACUUUCGAUAAAGUUUAUGCCAUCGAGGCCACAUGUCACGCGCCCAAAUUAGAAGGUGUUUACGGUGAGAUUUACAGGGUAUUGAAACCAGGUGGUACCUUUGCAGUUUACGAAUGGGUUAUGAGUGAUAAGUACGACGAGAGUAAUCCUGAACAUCGUAAAAUUGCUUAUGAGAUUGAAGUCGGUGAUGGUAUCCCCAAGAUGUUUCCUGCUCAAGUUGCAAGAGAAGCAUUGAAAAACGUGGGGUUCGAAGUUAAAGUAGCUAAAGAUCUAGCCGACAAUCAAGACGAGGUUCCAUGGUAUUAUCCUCUAACGGGGGAAUGGAAGUUUGUGCAAACCUUCGGAGAUCUAGCCACGUUUUUCCGUACUUCUUACUUAGGUCGUAAGUUUACCACGUUUAUGGUAUACCUUAUGGAAUUAUUGGGCAUUGCACCACAAGGCUCAACUAAAGUGACAUUGGCACUAGAAGAGGCUGCAGUAGGCCUCGUGGCAGGGGGUCGUGCCAAAUUGUUCACCCCAAUGAUGCUCUUUGUUGCAAGGAAGCCAGACGACAAUAAGCACGUUUGA